AUGCAUCGACGCAAGGCGAUAUCGCCUGCAAGUAUAGCAGACAGCAGCGGCGUGAUUCUUCUACUGCUGCUGGGCUCUGCGCUGCUCAGCUUCCCAAGCGCCACAGACGGCGCGAGACACACGACGCUUCGGUCGCAGGGAGUGGUAUCGAGCAGCCGGACCAUAGCGCACACAAUCUGGACGUCAGGAAGCACGUUCCUUCGCGGCAAUGUCAACCGCGACGGGAAAAGGACCAACACUGGCAGCACUGCAGUUGGCGCUACAACCGCCACUGCUGGCGCCGCGGCUACAACCGCUGCUGCUGGGUCCGCCGCUGCUAACACCGCAGCUACGGGAUCGGGGUGCGCAGCGUCGGCGCUGGAGGGUUUCACGUGGUCGGCGGCGCUGGGGUCCACUGGACUCACGCUGCAUUGGCGCGCAGUGGACGCGUCGCGCCUCGCCUUGGCGCUGGAAGCGGCGGGCGGCAGCGCGGCGGCGGCGGGGUGGUUCUCCGUGGGGUGGUCGGCGACGGGCCGCAUGGCGGCGUCCGACGCCGUGGUGGGCAAUCUGGCGGGCGGCGCCGUCAAGGCGGUGUACAUGAGCGGCACGGCGGAGAGCGACGUUCAGCCCACAAGCAGCUUCGAUAUUGGGAACGCGGAGCUUGCCACGUCACCCUCUGGAUCCACAAUUCUCAAGUUCAACCGCUCGGCGGGAGACGGGUCGGUGGCGGUGAGCGUGCAGGGAAGCAACACGCUCGUGUGGGCGCACUCUAGCGACGGCUCGCAGACGCUCGGCUUCCACGGCGACUAUGAUGGCGCGCUGCAAGUGAACUUCGCGUGCUCCUCUGCCUCGUCCGGAGGGGGAGGGGGUGGCGGCACUGGUGGGGGCACGGGGGGAGGCACUGGCGGGAACAAUGGGGGGGGUAAUUACGGUGGUGGUAAUGGCGGUGGUGAUAAUAACGGGGGGAAUGGAGGGGACUACAACGCUGGAGGUGACAAUAACGGGGGGAGCGGGGGAGACUAUGGGGGUGGCAACGGCGGGGGGAGUGGUGGUGGCGGAGGGAGCAGUGGUGGGGGCGCAGGAGGCGGAGGAAGGGGAGGCGGUGGGGGGGACUGCAGGGGAGGGCCUGUGGGCGGUCGUGGGGGACCUGGUGGGGGACAGGGGGGGCCUGGGGGCGGUCAGGGCGGACCUGGGGACGGGCAAGGGGGUGGUGGUGGGGGGCAGGGGGGAUUUGGGGGCGGGCAGGGCGGUUCUGUUGGAGGACAGGGCGGACCUGGGGCCGGGCAGGGGGGAUCUGGGGGCGGCUAUGGUGGCGACUACAGCAAUGGGGGGAGCUACAGCGGCGGUAAUGGCGGAGGCAACGCAGGCGGAGGUGGUUACUACAGCGCUGGAGGAGGAGGCGGGGCUGGUGGCGCCGCUGGUGGCGCUGGGGGUGCUGGUGGUGGGGGCUGUGGGGGAGGGCAAGGGCAAGGCGGGGGACCUGGGGGACAGGGCGGACCUGGGGGUGGACAGGGCGGAGCUGGGGGGGAUUAUGGUGGGGGGAGCAACGGCGGGGACUAUGGGGCUGGUAAUGGCGGUGGUGACUAUAGCGGGGGGAAUGGAGGGGACUACAACACUGGUGGUGACUACAGCGGGGGGAACACUGGAGGGGGCUAUAGUGGCGGCAAUGGAGGUGACUAUAACGGUGGGAGCAAUAGCGGUGACUAUAAUGGAGGGAGCUACAGUGGGGACUAUAGCGGAGGGACGGGCGGCAGUCAGGGAGGCUCAUCUGGAGGCGGUAUGAGUGGCGGGGGAGGCAUGGGCGGGGGAGGCAUGGGCGGUGGUGCUGCUGGCGGUGGUGCUACUGGCGGUGGAAUGGGCGGGCCUGGGGGAAUGACUGGCGGAGGGGGCGUGGGAGGAGGAGGCAUGGGAGGUGGAGGCAUGGGAGGUGGAGGCAUGGGAGGUGGAGGCAUGGGAGGAGGAGGCAUGGGGGGAGGAGGCAUGGGAGGAGGAGGCAUGGGAGGAGGAGGCAUGGGAGGUGGAGGCAUGGGAGGAGGAGGCAUGGGGGGAGGAGGCAUGGGAGGAGGAGGCAUGGGAGGAGGAGGCAUGGGAGGAGGAGGCAUGGGAGGAGGAGGCAUGGGAGGAGGAGGCAUGGGAGGAGGAGGCAUGGGAGGAGGAGGCAUGGGAGGAGGCAGGCCUUAG